AUGAGAUUAUGCUUUAAGUGCCAGAAGUACGGCCUUAGCGAGAUUCAUCGCAAAUCUCCGAAAAACCGAGGAAGAUUUGCGAGAAAAAAGGAUGCUCCAAGACGGCGCCAAGACGGGGCCCGCAGCAGCCACAUGCGGGAGGAUGCGGUGGAUAUCUACAAUGGCACCACCUACAAGAUGCCACAGAGAAGCCCUGCCCGGUUGCCAACGUCCAUUGGUAGGAGCAUGAAGAUGAGAGCGAAAAUGCCGAGCGAGUCCCGCGGAAGACUUGUUAAAUGUGCCCUCGUGUUGUCUUGUAUAACAAAGGUGCUCCCUCCAUGCGAUUCGCAUAUCGAUGCUCCCGUCGCCAUACUCGGCCAGAUCUGGCAAUCCCUGAACCCGAGAGUCCGCAGGAAGUUCUUCACGUCAGUAGCGGGAUCCCUGGAGAGUAUGAGAACGACCGCCAUGCAUAUCCGCGGACCACUGGAUCAGCUCGAGCAAUUAGUUCAUACUAUCCAUUCUGACUGUACUGGCGGAGCACUAGUUUACUGCACCCAACUAGGCCGACGAGGAAGAGUCUUCACGUUUGCUCAAUGAUGGGAGAGUGUCCGCCCGAAGCACAGUGGCCGUAUCAGCUGCCCGAAUACCGAGCCUGGGUUGUCCAUUAGAAACUUGGCUCAGCACGCGCUAAGCCGUCACCUUGAUCUCAAGCAUGCUCAUUGCUAUCCUUCUUUCACAUAAUCAACGUAUUUCUUCAACAACAUGCAACUUGAACGUAGGGGAAAACUUGUCAUAUUGAGAAGCUAAUGCUAGGAUCCACUAACAAAUCCCUUUUUGAGGGGGUGAGAGAGAAAGAUGAAGCAGUGAUGCAACUACUCGCAGUGGGAAUUGGUAUAUUGGAUGUGACAUUUCUAGGCUACUCAUUCAGAUGCUUUAUAUCCCUACAUCUGACCAAGCUACUAACAAUCAGCUAAUUUCCAGGCGUUCUAUCCCUUCUCCACAUCUCCCCAUUCCUAUUUACCCGAGACCUUGAUGACAAGGUAUCCAUUUCCACCCGCCGCCGCAAUGCCUAUCGUGGAAUCAGC